GCUGCAGGCCCCCUGAUCCAUUUGGAACAUGUGCUGAGAAGCAGUAGUGACUUAUGGAAGAUGCGGGAAGCUCUGAAGGACCUACGCGGAUCCUAACGCCAUCAUGAGAGGGAAGAGAAGAUCCACGAGGAUGGUUUGGCUGUGGAUGGCAUGCAUCCUCAGUGUAGCAUCUUCUCUAGAAGAGAUUCUUUUGGAUACAACAGGAGAGACCUCCGAGAUUGGUUGGACUGCCCAUCCUCCUGAUGGGUGGGACGAGGUGAGUGUCUUGUAUGACAGGAAGGACCAGAUACGGACCUUUGAGGUGUGCAAUGUGGCUGAGCCAGGACAGAACAACUGGCUGCGAACUCACUUCAUAGAGCGACGCGGAGCCCACAGGGUCCACAUCCGCCUCCGCUUUUCAGUACGGGACUGCGCCAGCAUGAGGACCGUGGCCUCGUCCUGCAAGGAGACCUUCACCCUUUACUACCAUGAAUCGGAGGCAGACGUGGCCACCCUGGAGCACCCUGAGUGGCGCGAGGGGCCGUGGACCAAGGUGGAUACAAUUGCAGCCGACGAGAGCUUCUCGCAGGUGGACAGCACCGGGGAGGUGGUAAAGAUGAAUGUGAAAGUGCGCAGCUUUGGCCCGCUCGCCAAGAGGGGUUUCUACUUGGCUUUCCAGGACUCCGGGGCAUGCAUGUCGCUGGUGGCUGUUCAGGUUUUCUUUUACAAGUGCCCGGCGGUGGUGAAGGGCUUUGCCUCUUUCCCAGAGACGUUCGCUGGAGGCGAAAGGACUUCGCUGGUGGAGGCGCCAGGGACUUGUGUGGCUGACGCAGAGGAAGCCAGCGUGACGGGCUCCUCUGGGGUAAGGCUGCACUGCAACGGCGAAGGCGAGUGGAUGGUGGCUAUUGGCAGAUGCGCCUGCCGGGCUGGCUACGAGCCUGCGGACGACGAGAAAAUCUGCAAAGCCUGCACCGUCGGCACCUUCAAAGCAUCGGUGGGAGAUGCACCAUGCAGUCCCUGCCCUGCCCACAGCUAUUCUUCCACACCAGGCUCCAGUGAAUGUGCUUGCCUGACCAGAUACUACCGUUCGUCUUCAGACACCUCCGACACACCCUGUACCAGCACCCCAUCUGCACCUCGCGACCUCAGCUAUGAGAUCAUCGGAUCCAACGUCCUUCUGACCUGGCGCCUCCCAAGGGACUUGGGUGGCCGAAAGGAUGUUUUCUUCAACGUCAUCUGCAAGGUGUGCCCGACAGGCUCCCCGGGGCCUUGUGUGCGUUGCGGGGACAGCGUCCAGUUCGAGCCACGCCAGGUGGGGCUGACAGAGAGCCGGGUGCAAGUCUCCAACCUCCUGACCCGUGUGCAGUACACCUUUGAGAUCCAGGCAGUGAACCUUGUGACGGAGCUCAGCCCAGAUGCUCCACAGUUUGCCGCCAUCAAUGUUAGCACCAGCCAGUCAGUCCCAUCUGCUGUUCCCAUGAUGCACCAGGUGAGUCGUACGACGAGUAGCAUCACUUUGUCCUGGCCGCAACCAGACCAACCAAACGGUAUCAUCUUGGAUUAUCAGCUGCGUUAUUUUGACAAGUCAGAAGACGAGGACAACUCAUUCACCAUAACCAGUGAGACUAAUAUGGCCACUAUUGCCAAUCUCAGCCCAGGGAAGAUAUAUGCCUUCCAGGUUCGAGCUCGGACAGCAGUGGGCUACGGGCCAUACAGUGGAAAGAUGUAUUUCCAGACUCUGGUGGGAAGCGAACGCUCUGAGAUGGUGCAAGAUCGAUUGCCGCUUAUUGUGGGUUCGGCACUUGGUGGUCUGGCCUUCCUGGUAAUUGCGGCCAUUGCCAUCCUUGCCAUUGUCUUCAAGAGUAAGAGACGAGAGACUCCCUACACAGACCGCUUGCAGCAGUACAUCACCACACGGGGUCUUGGGGUCAAGUAUUACAUUGACCCAUCCACCUAUGAAGAUCCCAACGAAGCGAUUCGGGAAUUUGCCAAGGAAAUUGAUGUGUCUUUUGUCAAGAUCGAGGAGGUCAUUGGAUCAGGAGAGUUUGGAGAGGUCUGCUUUGGGCGCCUGAAGCCUCCAGGGAAACGAGAAUACACAGUGGCUAUUAAGACCCUAAAGGCAGGCUAUACCGAUGAGCAGCGCCGGGAAUUCCUCAGCGAGGCCAGCAUCAUGGGACAGUUUGAGCACCCGAACGUCAUCCGUCUGGAGGGUGUCGUCACCAAGAGCCGCCCUGUCAUGAUUGUCACGGAGUUCAUGGAGAACGGCUCCUUGGAUUCCUUCCUCCGGCAAAAGGAAGGGCAGUUCAGCGUUCUGCAGCUCGUGGGCAUGCUACGCGGCAUAGCAGCCGGCAUGCGCUACCUGUCUGACAUGAAUUACGUCCACCGGGAUUUGGCGGCUCGCAAUAUCCUGGUCAACAGCAACCUGGUUUGCAAGGUGUCGGACUUUGGCUUGUCAAGGUUCUUGGAGGAUGAUGCUUCAAACCCAACAUACACGGGAGCCUUGGGCGGUAAGAUCCCCAUUCGCUGGACAGCCCCAGAGGCUAUCCAGUAUCGUAAAUUCACAUCCUCAAGCGACGUCUGGAGCUACGGCAUUGUGAUGUGGGAGGUCAUGUCCUAUGGCGAAAGGCCCUAUUGGGACAUGUCCAAUCAAGAUGUCAUCAAUGCUAUUGACCAGGACUAUCGCCUGCCCCCUCCCCCAGACUGCCCCACUGUCUUGCACCUCCUAAUGUUGGACUGCUGGCAGAAGGAACGGGUCCAGAGGCCCAAAUUUGAGCAGAUUGUCAGCGCCCUAGACAAGAUGAUCCGCAAGCCGUCUGCCCUCAAAGCUACCGGCACAGGAAACAGCAGACCGUCCCAGCAUCUGCUGAGCAACUCACCCCCUGACUUCCCCUCACUUACGAAUGCCCACGAGUGGUUGGAUGCCAUUAAAAUGGGUCGCUACAAGGAGAACUUUGACCAGGCCGGCCUGACCACAUUCGAUGUCAUCUCACGCAUGACUCUAGAGGACAUCCAGCACAUUGGCAUCAGCCUAGUUGGCCAUCAGAAGAAGAUUCUCAACAGCAUCCAACUCAUGCGGGUGCAUCUCAAUCAGCUUGAGCCUGUUGAGGUCUGACACAGAGAGCACACGCCAAGGACUUGGAUACUGAAACGAACCUUUUGCUGUAAAAGGGAGACAAGGGAGUAAAUUUCAAGCAUCAAUGGAGGGGGCAUGAGAUGUUGCCCUCCACUUCACAGACCGGCGCUCUUGGAGAUUUGUAGGGUUAUUUUUUUGUUGUUGUUUGGGGUUUUUGUUUUUGUUUUUAUAAAAAAACAACAACCCAUAACUUGAGACACUACAAAUCCUGCGGUAUUUAGCUAAGGGUUGACUUGUACAUUGAAGUGGGUUGGGGAAUUAGUACACAGGGUAGAGCUGGAAGGAUAGUUUUGGAGUUCAAAACGAACCUGCUGCCAUUUCUAUGCCAGGGCUAGCCAGCAGGCUUUGUACUUUGGGUUGGCAGCCUCUCAAAGGCGUCUCUUGAGCCGGAUCAGGCACAAUAUAGAGUUAAAACUGAAAGCCGAAAGACUCUUGUUGCCAAAAAGAAAUCCCUUUGAAGCUUUUGUUCCAACCAGGGGGAUUUGGUUCUGAGAAAAACAACAAGCCUCACCACCCCACAUCCUCGUUCUGGCAAAGACAGCUGUACAGUGACGCAAGAUGGCAUCUCAGACAGUGAGUUUUAGGCAGCAAUCAUAGGGUGUUAAAGCGGGAAGCAAGCAGAUCUGACCCAUUUGGGCACAAUCCGCAGGGGUGGUCUCCAGCUCAUUUUGAGUGGGACUUGCACUGGAGGACUUCACAGGGUGGGUUGGGCCCCAUAUUCAUUAGGGAGGGGUGGGGGCAUUUGGGUUUUCCACCUCAGGCACCAAAACAUUCGGGGGCAGCUAUAGGUCCUGCAUUCAUCCCCCCCAAAGAAGGGAACUGAGAUAGCAGCUUUUUAGUAAUCAGGUACUGGGAAAGGGAUGCGAUUCUGUUUAGAGAGCAGAAGGUUCCUUCUUGGCAGUUUCCAACUGGAUAUUCAUACCACCAGAAAUGAAAUAAAAUAUUUGACAGAGGAA